AAGAUCACAAUGGAGCAAGCUGAGGAAAUUAUCUCUCAGUUCAUAGAGGGUAAAGAGGGAGAUGCUGAUGGCUCAUUGACACUGACAUCUUUAGAUAUUGUUGAAGUUCCUCAAAAUGUUUUAAAGUUGGACAGGUUAAAUGAGCUGUACUUAGACUACAAUGAUAUAGAGAGUUUACCACCAGACAUAGGCCAGCACCUUCAAGCAUUAACGAAACUGUCUGUGAUUGGUAACCAGCUUUCUGAACUCCCUGAAGGCAUUAGUGAUCUCACACAACUACAGGAAUUGUAUUUGAAUGAAAAUAAUCUGACGUUCAUUCCAAAUACAUUUGUGGAUCUGUGCAAUCUUAAAUCCUUAAAUAUUGUUGGAAACCAGAUUAAAACUCUACCUAAAGAAUUUGGGAAGCUAUAUAGUCUAGAAAGGCUUUAUUGUGAUGAAAAUAAAUUAUCACUGUUGCCAGAUACGGUAGGGUUACUCAAAAAUCUCAAGGUGCUAGAAAUCUGCAGUAAUGCUUUAACUGAAUUGCCAAAAAGUAUCGGGGGACUUUGUUCAUUGGGAGUCCUAAAUGUUUGCAGUAAUAAUUUAGAAUCUAUCCCAGAAGAACUUGGGGACCUUUGUAAUAUCACAGAGCUAGACAUCUCAAGGAAUCAAAUUAAAUUCCUCCCGGAAAAGUUUAAAUCUUCAACGAAAAUCCGGAAAUUUUAUGCUGCAGAGAAUAUACUUCAGGUUGUUCCAGAAUGGGUAGGUGACAUGCGGGAAGCUACGCAUAUAGUACUUAAAGACAAUCAAUUAAAACACAUGGCUUUACCAGAAAGCAUUGGACAGCUUAAAAAUCUGAAAUGUCUUGACUGUGGAGGGAACUUUAUGUCACGUCUCCCCAGCUCGUUAGGCGAGUUAGAAAAUUUGGAGUGUUUUCAUAUAGGAAGUGUAAUACAUGAGUUGGAGAGACGGAAUUUUCAGAAUGGGAACUGGAUUAUGCUUCUUCCUGAUAAUUUUGGAUGGUUAAGGAAUUUAAAAAAAAUACAGAUGGAUGAAAAUCAGAUCAUUCAACUACCUGACAACUUUGGUGCACUGGAAUCUCUAGAAUGGCUAGAUCUUGGUCAGAAUGGGCUAGUUGACCUACCAAGCAGUUUUGGUAACCUAGGCAAUCUCUGGUAUCUUCAACUGUCCAAGAAUAAACUUGAGAUACUUCCAAGUAACUUUGGAGAGCUGAGUUCUUUGAAAGAGCUUAAACUUGACAAUAACCUGUUGGCAGAGCUUCCUGAAUCCUUCAGCAAGUUGACCCAACUGACAACCCUUGAUCUGUUCAACAAUAAACUAACUGAAGUACCUGAAGGACUGGAGAACUUCCUCAGCUUGAAGAUUCUUGAUAUGGAUAAGAACAAGUUUGGCGUAUCAUGGAAAAAGAUUCCAAAGAUCAACUUCGUACCCACCUAUGCUCCAAGACAAGCAUCUAACAAAGGGAACUGGAGAGGCAAGAUCCCAACUGAUGGCCUCAAAGCUGACAUCUGCAUGAUAGAGAGAGAAGAUGGAGAUGAUGCCUCAGACACUGACAGUGACUCGCCUGAACCCCCGCCAAAAUAUAAUGAAAACGUCCUACGCAACGCAAUGAUGCAAAGCCUGUCCAUAUGGCGCUCGCAUGAUGGUCCCUCAGAACGUGAGGUGUACACACACCCUGGGGACAAGUCAGGGAGGUGGAGAUAUAAACAACAGUAUUCUUCUGGUGAGAGUGAUGGGGAGAGUUAUGAUAGCAAUGAUGAUUGGGAAUGUCCACCUGAACCAGAAGCAUGUACACUGGUUGAUGAAUCUCAACAAUCUCCCAAUGGAACUGCUGGCCAAUCUGGUGACACUAGUCAAAAAGAUGGCCCUAACCCUGCUGAACAUAAUAACGACAAUCAAAAUACAGUAUCUGCACUAAAUGAGGAUGGAGAACAUGAAGAUUGGGAUGAGGAAAUUGAAUCUAAUCCAUAUGAUUUUGUGCCAACGUAUACUUUGCCACUCCAGCCCCGAUUGGCUAGCUGGAGUCCAGUGAGCCACGACUUUCUGCCCGCAAUCAGCCAUGCAGAACCUAUCCAGAGAGGAAGGUCACCUAGCAUGUAUCAGGAAUAUGGACAGUUUGAUGACGCCAGUGAUUGAGGUUUUCCAAGAUAAAAAGUGCAAUGUUUGUACAAUUGCCUCAGUUGUAGAAUCUUUUUGGUUCAUACAGUAUACGGAGUCAUCUUUAUAUUCUCUUAUUUUAGGGAAACACCAAGAAUUUAUCCUACGUUCAGUUUCCUAUAAAGUAAAUAUCUAUUACAAUUACUUUGGAUUUUACAACAGAACAGUUCAAAGGCAUGCAAAUUUUCUCUGCAAAUUUUCACUGCUUUUAAUGAAACUGUCUUUAAACUGCAGUUUUUGGAACAACAGUAUUUGAUAUAAGCCUUAUUUGAAGAAAGAUGUGUUCGUCCGUUGCUAAGGCAAUAUCACUAUGUUUUCAUAGAGAUUGCCUGAUUUGCUUUAAUGAGCUUAAAAGGAUCUGAUAUAACUUUAAAGGACAAAGAUGUAUUGACUGAAAGGAAACAUAGGUGGGGAUGGAUGAAUACUCAAUGGCUUGUAACGUUUGCUACACUCUAAAAGGCCUGACGGUAUUCAUCUAUCUAUAAAACACUUGUUUUGAUUCCAAGUGCAAUCGACUAGAUGCCAGUAGAAAGAAUAUUGAUUUCCAUGUCUAAGUAUUCAAAGUCCAGUCAAAUUGAUAUCAAAUUCAUAUUUGAAAUCUACAUAAACAAAUAAAGGCAUAAGUUGAAAUAAAAUUUUGUGAAAUUGAAUUGAAUUGAAGGUUUGAAAAAGUUAGAAUCUACUGUAAUCGUUCUUUUAUGAAAUAAUUUCUUUUUCAUACAAAUAUAAUUAAGUUGCUCAUUUCAGACAUAUAAAUCAUUUACAUUUCUACAAGACAUCGUAUUAUUCAUAUGUCAUGGUCAGUAGCAAUAUCAUAUGACAUACUAUCUUGGAAAGGAUUACAAAUGUAUUAAAUAUCAUGUAUAGUAAAACCAGUCUAAUCUGAACAUCACUAGAACCAGCCAAAAGCGUUCAGAUUGGAAUGUGUUCAUAUAUUUCAAGGUUUUCCAAUAUGGAAGUCAAUGGCAGAUUAAAAAAAUGGGACCAAAAAUCUUAUCUCA